UAGUGUCAUAAAUUGAAAGUAUUAGAAAGAUAUAGGACCGUUUAGCAAAACAAAAAAAGGGACAGGAAAAGUCAAUUAGAGGAACAAGAGAGGAGAGUUAGGUUUUUUAAUAGAAAAAAUCUGAUCCAGUAACAGGGAUUGGAUUGUCUGGUUAGAAGCAGUGGAGCCCCUUUCCUUCUCUUUCGCCUUUCCUCUCAGAGAGAGAGUCUCAGACACCACCAAGCAAAGCCCUUCUUCUUCCUCCUGGAUCCAACUCAGAUCCAUCUCUCUCUCUCUUACCAUACUUCGAUCCUUUCAGAUCUCAAUCGCUUCUUCUCUUUUCUUGUAAAGCUUCAUCAGGUGUCUUUCUGAUCUUCUCUCUCUUUACUACAAAACCCUUGUCUUAAGAUCAAUAUUGCUUUGAAUCUCGAUUCUGGAGUUCCUGUUGAUGAGCGUCAUCUUUCGUAUCUGUUGACUUCUCCCUGUUACAUCUGCUUGAUCCAUAAAGCUUAAUCCUUUCCACUUGUUUGUAGUAUUAACUUUGACGGAUGUGGAGGAAGAGAAAGAGGGUUUCCCUGAUGGCAUGAGGGGGAUAUUGUUAGCAACUUUGAUGAAACUUUUGAGCGCUUGUCUGUGGCCUUCAUCAGCGGGCAGGUCCGUUGAUUCAACUGGAAAACACGAUGGACUCCUCUGGUACAAAGACUCUGGUCAGCACCUACUCGGUGACUUCUCUAUGGCCGUUGUUCAGGCCAACAAUCUCCUCGAGGAUCAGAGCCAAGUUGAGUCUGGCCCUUUGAGUACCCUUGACUCUGGUUCUGGUCCUUAUGGUACUUUUAUCGGAAUCUAUGACGGUCAUGGCGGGCCUGAGACCUCCCGCUUUGUCAAUGACCAUCUCUUUCAGCAUUUAAAGAGGUUUGCAGCAGAGCAGGGGUGUAUGUCUAUGGAUGUGAUUAGAAAGGCGUAUGAAGCUACUGAAGAAGGGUUUCUUGGGGUUGUGACGAAGCAGUGGCCGGUUAAGCCACUGAUUGCAGCGGUUGGGUCUUGCUGCCUUGUGGGUGUUAUAUGCGGAGGGAUGCUCUACAUAGCUAACGUUGGGGAUUCACGUGCGGUCCUCGGAAGGGCUAUGAAGGCGACUGGUGAGGCUAUUGCGCUUCAGCUCUCUGCUGAACAUAAUGUGAGCAUCGAGUCUGUUAGGCAGGAGAUGCACUCCUUGCACCCGGAUGACUCGCAUAUCGUCGUGUUGAAGCACAAUGUGUGGCGCGUUAAGGGCCUUAUUCAGGUGUCUAGAUCCAUAGGAGACAUGUAUCUGAAGAAGGCGGAGUUCAACAGGGAACCGUUGUACACCAAGUAUAGACUCAGAGAGCCGAUCAAAAGACCAAUCUUGAGUGGGGAACCGUCGAUAACAGAGCAUGAGCUCCAACCACAAGACCAGUUUCUUAUAUUUGCUUCUGAUGGACUAUGGGAACAGCUUAGCAACCAAGAAGCUGUUGACAUCGUUCAGAACCACCCACGAAACGGGAUAGCACGUAGACUGGUGAAGAUGGCAAUGCAAGCGGCAGCGAAGAAGAGAGAAAUGAGAUACUCUGAUCUGAUGAAGAUAGAGAGAGGCGUGAGGAGGCAUUUCCACGAUGACAUCACUGUGGUAGUUAUCUACCUUGAUACCAGUGUAGUGAGCUCUGCCAAAGGACCUUCUCUUUCUAUCCGAGGCCGCGGUAUGACUUUCCCCAAGAAACUCUAAAGCUACUCCCUCCCACGCUUUAGGUUUCCCAUCUUUUGUAGUUAUUUACAAAAAUAUUUAUAUAUCUAUCUAUCACUCUUUGUUGGUAUAAAAGAAUGUAUAAUUUUAACGUGAAAGCCACACACACGUUUGGAACCGAACCCAUUCCGGUAAUUAUUGAUUUUUAUUUGUUCAACAAGACUUGUGUGUAAUGAUGUAAUUGUUGUUGAUGGAUGAAUGAAUGUAGUAAGCCUUUCCGCCUC